AUGGCUAGUAAUAUGCAAGCCGUUGUCCUUCUCCAUCCUUUGGAUUUCCCAGGUCCCGUCUUCGAUCGUACCCUUACCUUUACCUCUGAGUCUGAUCGUAUCGAAAUCGGUAGAUCCUCUCAACGAGCAAGCAAGGAUCUUUCACCGCGACCCAACAACGCCUUGUUCGAUUCUCGUGUUAUGUCCAGGGUCCAUGCUAUACUGCGUGUGUCACUGAAUGAGAAGGUCGUUUACGUCCGUGAUCCUGGAUCCAUGCAUGGUACUUGGUUGAACAGAAAAAAAGUUCCCGUCGAAACGGAUAUGGCUCUAUCAGACGGUGAUGUGUUGACAUUUGGGGUGGAGGUCAUCCGAGGCUCUGAUACUUUCCCGCCACUGGAAGUACGCUGCGAGUCCCAGUUCGAGGAAACUAGGAAGGAAGUUGGACCGAAGACUUCUCCUCAGACUGCUUCCAACACUUUCAGUGUCCCUGACGAUGACGAUGACGAGUACGAUAACUAUGGCUAUGAUGACGAGUUUGACGCCGGUGAACAUCGAGCUGCAGUUGAUCUUACUGUUGAAUGCGCUUCUGAGUCGAAUGAUUCAAGUGCCGAUUCGGACUCGGAUGAUAGUCAUUCGGUGGUGGAAGUUUCUUCACCAAUGACUUCUCCCCUUCAGAAAAAGGAUUCGACAAAUGCUCCCCCUACCGAUCCUUCGGCGGCAAUGCCCACACAUGCGGCACUCCAGGACCCGACAAAGCCAAAUAAUGGAGUGGACCUGGACACAGAACAACCCUUGGCGACUCCAAGGAUGACGCCACAUUCAGAUCGUUAUGACUCUGAUAACGCGAGCUAUGAAAACCCAUAUGCCGACGAAUACUUUGCUCGUAAUUCAGAUGACGAGUCCAAUGUUGAACCCGAUGACUGGGAUGUGGAAUCUGUAGAGGGGGAUGAUGAAGAUGAAGAGCUGGAAAAUAACGAGGCUGUAGAUGCCAAUCCUUUGCCUGACCCAGUAUGCGAGACUUCUGAGCCCGACGCCCAUGCUCAGAAAGAGUCGCGCAUCCGCUUUUCAGAUUUGAUCAAUGCCGAAGAUGACCUUGAUGAUAUUCCCGCGGUAGACUGCGAGAAGCUGCCACUGGUUAGCGCUGUUUCUGAACAUGGUGGAAUCCAGGCUCCCGAUUUGAACCUCCUUCCAGAAAGCAAUUUCUCAGGCACUGGCUCUCAGCAGACGGAGCGGCAAAUUCAUAGGCCCUCGUUCUACACUACACUGAAUCCUCCUUAUUCCUCAAUUGAGGCACUCAAGGAUUUGCAGCCUCCCUUACAGCCCAGUGUAAACCUGUCUGACCAUUAUCGACCCAACAUUUUCCCUACCGGCACCAUUCUGCCGCCAAUAAAGCCAAGUAUCGAACAUACCCCCAAGUACUAUCCUGGCAACACAGCCUCUUAUUCCGAGCCAAUGGGACAGUACAAUGAUGGUCCUUUUGCGUCAAAUCAGUCAAUGCCGGACAUCACAGUACAGAGUACUCAAGCUACCAGCGGCAAUGCUAUGGGCGAUUUUAUGCCUUUCAUGGACCGACUGGCACCGAUGAUGCCCCGCACAUCUUGUGAUGCAACAGUACCAGUCCCCGAAUCGGAUAUGAGAGCGAAUAUUACUGCACAAUCUCCAGAACUGAGCAAAUGGAAAGCUUCUGGCGUAGGGUCAAAACCUACACCCUCAAAGAAGAGAAAGGCGGCAGAAAUUGAAUCAGACCCAGAAGAGAAGGAUAAUUUGGAUUCUGCUAUGGGUCACAGCGAGGAACAGACGGAGGCGCAGAAUUUGCCCAAUGAGGAGACUCAGCUCCCCGACGCGCAGCCGCAGAGUAUUGCUGCUAUUCUUAACGGCCCAGACUCGCAACUUACCCCUAUGAGCAUCCCGGAGAGCUCAAGGGUAGCCAAGGAGACGAAGAAGCCCAAUAAGACCAGGGAGGACGAACGUCCAUCCAAAAUGGUCAAGACAUCCCAUGGGGGUAGUGUUAGAAGCCACGCGACGACAGCUAUUUUGGGAGCAAUGGUGGGUGCAGUAGGGACGAUUGCGGCUUUGGCUUCCCUUCCCCCGGAUUACUUUGCGUAG